UAGCACAGCCAUCAGUUCUUCAAGUCACCGGGGCGCUCCCAAGCGUGGGGUCGGAAGAUAUAAGUACUGCAGGGUUGGACUGUUUUACUCUCCACAGGUCACCGUCGCGGAAAGCAACGAGAGCAAAGUUUAAAGCCCUACACUACUACAACAAUGAAGAUUGUCACUCAGGAAGAACUCGACGGCCACACCAGUGCUACCAUCCGCGGUGCAGCAGAAGGCGCACUUGCCAGCGCAGCUGUCGCUAUCCCGACUUCACUGUUGCUUAACCGUCGAUGGGCAUCCUUCCGAGUACUCCCUCUACCUUUAAAGGUCAUGGGUACCGUCAUGUUAGUCGCGCCUUGCUUGUGCAUCCAGGCUGAAAGGCGUGGUCUAGAAUUCGAUCGUGCACACUGGACUGGCGCAGGUAAAGUAGAACUGGACAGAGAAGCAGCAGAGGAAGAAGCACGAUGGAGAGCUUUGACCACUAAAGAAAAAAUCGGUGAUUGGGCAACCCGACACCAGUACAGCAUCAUUCUUGGAAGCUGGGCUCUAUCAAUGGCAGUCGCUGGCGGCAUUAUCUCUAGGGAUAGACAUCAGACGCUACCCCAAAAGAUAGUUCAAGUGCGUAUGUGGGCACAGGGCUUGACCAUUGGCGUCUUAAUAGGCGCUGGCAUCCUUACGCACAAUCAGCGCCAGGCCGCCCUCCAGCGUCGGCCGACUGACCACUCAUGGCAAGCCUUGCUCGCAGAGCAAGCAAGAGAGAAGGAGGAAAGAAUGGUGCAUUUGAACGCUUCAAAUGCCUCGCACCCACUAUAGAGUGCUCGCACUUGUUAUACGGAUACAGUCUUAUAUAUCACCUUGCGACCAAGGUUUCUAGAAGUCAGCGCACAAUUGCUUCACUUUUUCGUGCCUCGGGUCGAUACUUCUCAGUCGGAGAUACCUGCUCAGCCGAUGCUUGACUCUACCUUUCAAAGUUUGAACUCUAUAGAAUUCUAUAUGUAGUGCAGACAGUGACAGCGUCAUCCGCAGCUUCUUGUGGGUUUGCUAGUUCGAAUAUUCCAUAAUGCUAUCUCACAUUCAAUUGCGACCAUGGAUAAAACGCAGGCCCAGAUCUGAU